UCCCGCGGGGCCUGUCAGCCGCAGCCGUCUGCCGCGCCGGGCUCUGCUGCUGGCCCGCGCCGCCGCUGCGCUCUCCUUCCCCGACAGUCUCUCUAGCCCCGCCGCUGGGAGCCGCCGCCAUGGCGGCCACCGAGGAGAGGAGCCUCGACGACUUCUUCGCCAAGCGGGACAAGAAGAAGCGGAAGGAGAAGAGCAGCCGAGGGGCCGCCGCCGCCGCCUCCAACGCCGCCUCGAGCGCUUCGGGGGCGGCCGGAGGAACCCGCCCGGCUGACGGAAGCGGCUCCGGGGCUGCCGCCUCCAACGCCGGCUCCGCCAAGACGGCCACCAAGGAAGAAGAUGAUUGGAAGGAGUUUGAGCAAAAGGAAGAAAUUGAUUAUAGUGGUCUUAGAGUUCAGUCCAUGCAAAUAAGUGAAAAAGAAGAUGAAAAAGAUGAUGAUGAAAGUGAAAAAAGAGAAGAGCACGGUGACCACUGGGAGGAGACUGGUGGUGGUGGUGUAGACAGAUCAUCUGGUCCUUGGAACAAGUCAGCUCCUGCGCCGGCACCUGUCGUCGAACCAGUUGUUACAGAAGCCCCUGAACCAGUUCAGACUGGUGGUGUGUACAGGCCUCCUGGUGCCCGGGAGGGUGGCAGGCCACGGAGAGCACAGCAAGGACCACCAGAAAUCUAUAGUGAUACGCAGUUCCCAUCACUGCAGUCCAUCGCCAAGCUCAUAGACAGUCGAAGGGAUAAAGAAAUGGAGAAGAGCUUUGAAGUAGUAAAACACAAAACUAGAGGUAGGGAUGAGGUGUCAAAAAAACAGGCACUUAAACUUCAGCUAGACAACCAGUAUGCUGUGCUUGGGGAUCAGUAGAGCUGCAUACACAUUACAAUUAAGGAAUGCUUUUUUGGUAACCCUUCUACUAAGGUAACUAAACUACAGCUAACGGCUAUGAUGAACAUGCCACCUUAUUUCUGCUGGAUCUACUGCAGCAAGUGCAGACUACUUUUGACGUAAGUGCUUGGUUCUCCUCCGCUAUGGAAGCGUUAUAUGUUACAACUUCUCCAUUGGAAAUGGGGCAGAUUAAAUGUAAAUGAUUGAACAAGAGUCAUCAGUGUUCUUUAAUUGCUCAGAAAGAUACCUUCAGCCAGUGGUCAUUUCAAAAUCUUUUUAUGUUCAGAUACUGAGCCUUCGUAAAGGUUGACUACCUCAGACUUGCUGCACUCAUUGUGGACACCAUGUGGAUCACAACUUCUGGAAGAGAAGGUUACAGCUGUUUUAGUGGCCAUCUGAAACUUGAAACCAGCUCUACUGGAUUCCUGUCAGAAAUCCUGCAGAAGUCAGCCAUUUGGUUCCAAUUUGCUAUAACAAAGAUUUAAGUGACCUUAAAUGACAAACAUAUUCUGUUCCCCUUCUGAGGAAUCCUGUCAUGUGUAGCCAUAGCCUACUAGAGACUUCUGGAGCGUACCAAUACCACUCAUGCUACCCAAGUAUAACAGAGCUGUAGUUUGUUUACCUUUUUAGAUAGCUGUUCUGAAGUAACUGCAAAACAAAUUAAAACUCACUAUCAGAUUGGGGGAACAAUGGGUUUGAAUGGUCUGUUUGCAUUAGCCAUUUUCACAGUUGUCUGUUGAAGCAUCUUAUUUUUCCUGUUCUCCACAAAUGCCUGCCUUGUUUCUGAUAUCAAAUUGCAGUAUAUUUAAGUAAUGAUGAGAUGUUGUAGUGAAAUAGGGUUUAUUUUGGCUUUUGUCAUGAGGUUUGUCUUUCCUACCCUGCAGCAUUAAGAGUUUUUUUUACACAGAGGUAUCCAGACUCUUUAAGUAAAGAAUUUGGCUUUUAAAAAUGAGAUACGUGGCAGUAGUGGUACUAGAUAAAAACUUCUCCUCUAUUAAAAAGUGAUUUGUUUGUUGAAGGGUAAUGGUUACUUGAUAACCAGAAUAAUGUAGUAUGCAGAGGGAUAACUAGAGCUGGUAAGCCUUAUUUGUUUGGCUACUUCUGUGAAGCAUGCAGGCUCUUUGAGGCAUAAAUCCUCUAUGUAAAACUCAAAUGCUGUUUAUUCAAAGUUGGGAAGUUUAGUACUAAUGGAAGGCAGUGACUUCUUCCAGUUGUUUUCAUCUUUGAUUUAAUUGAGUGGAAGUAGGCAAAAUGGCACUGAUACACUAAGAAUUUAGGACACUGCCCCCAACACUGAUUUGAUGAACCAAACCUGUCAAGUACCAAAAGUGUCCUGCUGUAACUGCUUUUCUCUUCUCUGAAUUCUUAUACCAGAAGCAAAAUGAAGUAAAAUAGUGGCAUGCUCCAGUGUUGAGGUCUCUCAGAGUAAAUGCCAAAAACUAGACCCAACAUCUAUAGGAGUUGCCAAUGGCAAGAAAAACCAGGGAACAAAACAAAACUUGUUGGCUCGUGUGGUAGUUGUGUGUAUGUGCAGAAGAUGAGGUUAGUGCAGGAAUCGCCUCAUUGGGUUCCCUUUUGACUGCUGACUUUCUUUAAAUCUGCUUGAGGCCAAUGGGAAUUUUGCUGUUGACUUCAGUGGGGCUGGGGCUUCACCUGAGUCUUCUGUGCACAGACUAAAACUGGCCUUGCCCUUGCAGAGUUACCUGUCUCUAAAACUUCUGCUAGAAGCUGCUAUUAAAGAGGGCUCAAGAGACUAUCCUUAAAGUUGGAGAGUUCAUUUGGAAACAAAACCUCACAGAAAGACUCAUACCAAUACCUUGGACUCUGAGCCAUGUAUCUUCCUUGAAAAUAUGUUGUUGCCAGCAAAACUGUUGAUUUGUCACUAAAGAUUUCUGUGGAAUUCAUGGUAAACGGACACGUUGCUUGAUGUGGUAGAAACAUGAAAGCUUAAAACACUUUUCUUGAUGCUCUAAAGUAAUUGGGAUCACCAAUGAACUGAGUUUUAGUCUACUGUAUGAAGGGUAGAUGAGACUGUUCAUUGUACCAUCUUUGAGGUUUUGGGCAUGAAUUCUGGCAGUUCAAGAAAACCCUGUAACAGUUUCAAAUCAAAUAAAAUGGAAAUACGGA